CUUCUUCGUCUUCUUCUUGAACAUCUCUAGAACGUCCCAGAAGGUUUCAACUUAAGAUUCUCUGGAUCUAGGGUUCUGGUGAUAAGUCCGUACUGUCUCUGUGCAAUCCCCUGAUCUUACGGUUAACUGUUUUCUCCUCCCGAAAAUUUUCGUCUCAAGACUCUCUGGCUGCUGUCGGAAGCAUCUGUGUUUGAGAAACCCUUAUUGGAGUUAUAUACUCUACGAUAAAGAUGACAUAUCAGAAAACUGUGCAUGAUGUUAGUGGUGGUUAAAGAAUCUCGGAGGAAUGUCGGACUUGUGCAUGUAUGAGGAUUCCAUGAGAAAGAUGAUUGUUGGUGGUGGUGGAGGGCAUAUUUUGGAUGACCUCUACUAACUUGGUUGUGGAUAAAGAGUUUGUGUUGCUGCUCUUCGUUUCUUAGACGGUCUUGAAAUAUAUCUUGCGGAUUUUUCACCUCUACUGGACGGUAAUGUUUGGGGCGAAUUUGGUGUCGAUGGUGAUGGCAUAGUGCCUCAUUCUGCUUAUGAGUAUAGUGAUCAUCUCGCAGUUGUAGUUAAUAGCCGGAAGAAACGGAGACAUGAUAUGAUGGGUAGCGAAAUAAAUAGUACAGACAGUGAUAUGUAUCUAACUGGGGCUGGUGCUAUGAUAGAAAGAAGUCCUUGGCCUGGCACAACCAGUGGUGGAUCUCCGGCUUCUGGUGAUACUGAAUCAAGCAAAGAUCUACAGAAGAUAACAUCGGAGGAUUCAAAGAUGUCAAACCAUGGUUUCAACAGCAGUCACAUAGAUGCGACUGAGAACAACUUCUGUGCUGCUGGUCCGCUGUUGGGUGACAAUUCUGCUGCAACACAUGACAACUUGUACAAUUAUUCCCUCAAUUACAGUCCACCAACUGAAAACAAUCUCAGCUUUUUCGAUAAUGGGUGCAACGAUAAAGAAAGCAGUGAUCUUUUCUAUGGCUGGAGUGACAUAGGAAAUUUUGAGGACGUGGACAAGAUGUUGAGGAGUUGCGAUUCAACUUUCGGUCUUGAGAUUCUUGAUAAUGAAGAAGACUUGUGCUGGUUUUCUUCUUCUCAACCAACGGAUGAGUCUGAAUCUGCAAUGGCAGAUGAUUGUAAACUGAAUAAAAUGAUGGAAGAUCAUGUAGCUUCUGCGCUGGAAAAUGAGGAGUCAUUGACCAAUAGUGAGUCUAACCAGACGGGUAAAGAUGAUUCUCGAUCUACCGUUUGUGCCGCUUCAGCUCUUGGGAAAGUAUCAGCUGAUGCAUCUGAUACAAGUUCACAAAAGAAGGAUAUCUCGAUGCUGGAUGAACAGGCCAAUCUAAAUAAAAAGCAGACCAAGCAUCUGCAUCAUUUGAAUGGGAAAAGAAAUCGGUACUCAGAGAAUGGUAUGAUAUUACAUCAGAGUGAUAAUUCUGGGCAAAUAAUCGACGCAGAACAUAAAUAUGAGAACUCAACCUCUCAGUAUUACCCUCCAUUAGCGUUCCGGCAGCCAGAUGCUACAUUCUCACAUUUAAAACAUGAUCAGUCUUCACAUCAAAUAUCAGUAUCUGAAAGUAAAGCUGGUGUCAAACCUGAGAACAAUCCCAAUCCUCCAUCCACUUCAAAUGAGUCCUAUACAUCAAACCAGGCACAAUCGUUAGAGAGCUUACAUGGUCCAACUGUUGAUACUCCGAGCGUGAUUGCUUUUGAGAAAAGAGGAACUUUGCAGCAGGGUCGAGAUACACGUCCUUCUUUUCCUGCAAAUGUCAGGAACGGUAAUAAGCCGAACAUGAUGGUAUUUUCCGAUUCUGCCCCUGCUCAAAAGAUUGGACACGAGAAUGAGGACAGAAAAGAUGUGGCCAAAUUGGAGUCAUCACAUGCACAGGAGAGUUCUUGUGUUACCUCUGUUAUGGAUGGCAUUUCGCUGGAAGCAACAAGUUUCUGCCAGCUCCAACGAGUGAUAGAACAGUUGGAUAUCCGGACAAAACUGUGCAUAAGAGACAGCCUGUACCGAUUGGCGAAAAGUGCAGAGCAUAGACAUAAUUGUAUGAAUCCAGAUGGUGGAAACAGACAGGAGAACGAUUCAAGCUCACACUUGAUGACUGGCGAAACAGAAAAGUAUGCUGGUUUCAUGGACAUGGAAACUGAUACGAAUCCUAUAGACCGGUCCAUAGCUCACCUGCUGUUUCACAGGCCAUCGGACUCAUCUCUUGUCUCAGAGAACGACGUUCUAUCAUACAAAUCUCAUCCAAUGAUUCCUCAACCCAAUUCAAGUCCAAGUCUGAGGAUAGAGAAACAAGAGGAAACACCAGUAGUAGCCGGAAAAGAAACAGAAGUAGUAGCAGACAACUGAGAAAUGAGAAGGUGAAUAACCAGGCUUCAACCCCGACUCGUACCAUUUGUUGAAUGCCGAGGUUCAACCACCGAUCUCAGUUGGCUCGAACGGUGGCAGGUUAGUUACCAAAAAGGUUCCAUGGAAUCCACUUCCUUUUGUGCAACAGAACCACAGCAUUCGCUUGACGUUUCCUGAAGAUUUACCUGAUUAUAACUCAUUGUCGGUUUGAACCAGGGGUCAUAACAGUGAGUGUUUCAUUUUGGUGACAGACUCUCCAGACAUUUUGUAGAUAAGGGAUCUUUACUGUUCUGUAAUAAUUCCGCCUUUUUUUUUCUCUCUCUCUCCAAAGUCUCUUGUGGUUUUUGCGCUUCCGCAAGCUCCCCAGGGUAUAUGACUGCGCAAUGAAUCGUAAACUUAGGAUCUAAUCUUCACUUUCUGCACCAGAAGCUCAGAGGACGAUGUUUCCUUGAUGUUUUUGUUCAUUUCUAAUGUAAUGUAUAGAGUUUUGAUGUUUC